GAGAAGUGCAUGUGGACUGGUCCAUCUGUAAUAAAGACUUAGAGGCACAGAUCUCCAACUAUGCAAGUAUGAGGCAUACCAGUAUGCGGUACUAUGCAGCUGAUAAAAAUGUUACCUGUAGAAAUUGCAAUAGACCAGGCCAUUUGUCCAAGAACUGUCCUACUCCAAAGAAAGUUCCCCCUUGUUGCCUGUGUGCAGAAAGAGGUCAUCUACAAAACAGUUGCCCAGCACGUUUUUGUCUGAACUGCUGUUUGCCUGGCCACUAUUUCAGGGAAUGUCUUGAGAGAGCCUAUUGGAAUAAACACUGCAAUCGCUGUGAUAUGAAGGGGCAUUAUGCUGAUGCUUGCCCAGAAAUAUGGAGGCAGUAUCACCUAACA